UUGACAGCUGUCACUGUGCGCCGAGGUCAAGGCAAAGAAGCAUGGCUGCGCUGUUUAGAGGGUCACGAAAUGUAUUGUUACGGUGGAAUAAGCAUGUCGACCUUGCCUCCGUGUCAAUGCGAUCAAUGGCUUCAAAAACACCAGUGGGGUUUGUUGGUCUGGGAAACAUGGGCACUCCCAUGGCCAAAAACCUGUUAAAGAACGGUUAUCCUGUUAUUGCCACUGACAACUUCCCAGAGUCCAGCAAGGAACUGCAGGACCUGGGUGCUCAGGUUGUGGACUCCCCUGCAGAAGUGGCAGAAAAAGCCGAUCGGAUCAUCACAAUGCUGCCGUCAAGUCCCAACGUCAUAGAGGUCUACACUGGCCAAAAUGGCAUCCUCAAGAAGGUAAAGAAGGGAACGCUGUUGAUUGACUCUUCAACCAUUGACCCGUCUGUUUCAAAAGAGAUGGCAGCAGCUGCAGAGAAAAUGGGCGCCGUGUUCAUGGAUGCUCCAGUUUCAGGAGGUGUUGGGGCUGCCAGCCUGGCCAAACUGACUUUCAUGGUGGGUGGAGUGGAGGAGGAAUACAACGCUGCACAAGAGCUGCUCACCUGCAUGGGAGCCAAUGUUGUCUAUUGUGGACAGGUUGGCACCGGGCAGGCUGCAAAGAUCUGCAACAACAUGCUGCUGGCCAUCGGGAUGAUUGGGACUGCAGAGACCAUGAACCUCGGCAUCAGACUUGGUUUAGACCCAAAGCUACUGGCAAAGAUCCUCAACAUGUCCUCAGGCCGUUGCUGGUCCAGCGACACGUACAACCCAGUCCCUGGUGUCAUGGACGGAGUCCCCUCUGCCAACAACUACUUGGGCGGCUUUGGAACCACACUAAUGGCAAAGGAUCUUGGUUUGGCCCAAAACACUGCCACCAACACUAAGACGCCGAUCCCUCUGGGCUCCCUCGCCCACCAGAUCUUCAGAGUCAUGUGCUCCCGCGGUUAUGCUAACAAGGACUUCUCGUCUGUCUUCCAAUUCCUACGUGAGGAGGAAGGACAGUGAAUGCAGGGGGAGCACCGUUAACUGUGAUAUUAGCAUACACACACAUAAAUACACACACACACACACACAAAAAAACACACAGAGACACACUUCAACCACACACCCGAGUGCCCCUUAUCCCACUAUGCUCAGGAGAGACUAAGGCCUUGCCCUCAGGCAAAGAUCAGCAAUACAAUUAACAUACUGUAUGUUGACACGUGUCCCCUCAUUGCAUUAGCUGAAUCAUACUUUGAAUUCAUGGCUCUCCCUUUUGAAUGUGGGGAAAUGCUAAAACUGACCUUAGAUAACGUAUCUGAAGUUGAAGCCAGCUGACGAGAGGUAGGACGAGGCGCUGCAGGCUUACACAAAUCAAGGCAGGCGUAAUGUAUGUGGUAUUUUAAAAUGAUCGUAAAGUAAUAAUUGCAUGAAUGAUAAAAGUAUGUUUUGGUCAGGUUUGCUCUUUUUGCCUGUUACUCAAAUUACCAGGAUCUGUCCCUAUUCAAGUAAAUCAAGAAAUCAAACAAAAACAAGAUAAAGUAUUAACAUAGUGAUGGAAAUUUCUUUAAAGAGGCACUACAAAACUGGCCGUACUUGAGAGUUUACCUUUGGUGUUACAUUUCUUUGUUUCUGGCAGGAACUUGGUCACCCGGGUGUCACCUGAGACUUCCUGUCAACGUACAAACUUGAUUAUUUCGAUCAUGAAUCAUCCAGUUAUCAUAUUUACUCAGUUAAAGUAUUUUCAAUUCUUGGUUUCUACAGUAAUAGUGGAUCAGCCAGUUCUUCUCUGCUGCACCAUAAGAUAAAUACCUGGUUAUUUUUGCACUGUGUGCAUCGCGGUGUGAUGUGCUGGGUUAUUUUGAUACAGUUCCAGAGUCUCUUAGAACCUACCUCUCUCCACUACUGUCCUCAUCUGCUGUCCACUGCAGCAUUGUUAUUAUUAUUUUGUGACCAACGCUGUUAAAACUGUAUACUGUUUACUACACAAUGUUCUCAAUUUCCAACACAUUCUCUUACCCGUUAGGUCGAUCCUUCUCACAAAUGUAUGACGUCUGUGUAAAGUGUCAGUGAGGAACGGUUCCUCCCUGCUAUGAGCAAAUGUACAUAAUGUAUAUUCAUAUUGUCGUGUAGUAAUGAAGAGGAAUCUAAAAGAACCGUCACUUUUUUUAGUAAAAUUCUUUCAUUGUCUCUACAGUUUGUCUUUGCUCUGUGAAACAGUUCCUUCGUCACACUGUAGCCUAAAAUAAAAGAUGUUCUGUG